CUUCAUUUCUUUGGUCUUAGUUUUCCUUUCCAGGUUAUAUAAACUGCGGAUUUCUUUACUUUUAGGGUUCAUAGUUUUGUUGCCAUGACAAUGUCUUGGGCUGAUGAUGUAGCUGAUGCAACUUCUAGGUCAUCUCGUCCUACCCGUGCUAAUUACGUUCCUCCUCAUCUAAGAAACAAUACCCUAGCCUCUCCUGAUUCUUCUUCCUUUUCGUUUCCUGACGAGUCGUCUCCUGGUCUUGGUUAUCAUUUGAAGCAUUCUGGUGGUAGGGAAUUCGGCAGGUCGUCUAGGGGUCGAUGGGGAGAUCGACGGAGGGUAACGCGUCAGCAACCAAAUCCAUUUGAUGUUGCCGACAAGUUUGCUGAAUUGGGGGUUACAGAGGAGGAAACCGAUGAUGGUGGUGAUGAGGGGAUCAAUUUUGAUGCCUAUGAAGACAUACCUAUUGAGACCAGUGGUUUGGACGUGCCCUCACCUGUCACUACUUUUGCAGAGAUCGAUCUGGGGAAAGCUCUUACCGAGAACAUUACGAGGUGCAGAUACGUCAAGCCAACCCCAGUUCAACGCCACGCUAUCCCCAUCGUUAUUGCUGGCCGGGAUUUGAUGGCUUGUGCGCAGACGGGUUCGGGGAAGACGGCUGCAUUCUGUUUCCCAAUUAUCAGUGGGAUUAUGAGGAACCAGUUGCAUCAGCAACAGCAACAGCAACAGCGCUUGCCUUCGCGUGGCUCACGAACUGCUUUUCCCAAUGCUCUCAUUCUCUCCCCGACCAGAGAGUUGUCUUGCCAGAUACACGAAGAGGCUAAGAAAUUCUCUUAUCAGACGGGUGUCAAGGUGGCUGUUGCCUAUGGAGGAGUAUCGAUUAAUCAUCAGUUGCGAGAAAUGGGAAGAGGUGUAGACAUUUUAGUUGCCACCCCUGGCCGCUUAGUGGAUUUAGUUGAAAGAGCAAGGGUUUCACUUAGAAUGAUAAAGUAUUUGGCUUUGGAUGAGGCUGACCGUAUGCUGGAUAUGGGUUUUGAACCACAGAUCCGGAAGAUUGUUGAGCAGAUGGACAUGCCGCCUUCUGGUGCAAGGCAAACUAUGCUUUUCAGCGCCACCUUUCCAAAUGAGAUACAGAGAUUGGCUUCUGAUUUUCUUUCAAACUAUGUUUUCCUGGCUGUUGGGAGGGUUGGUUCGAGUACAGAUCUUAUUGAGCAAAGAGUUGAUUUUGUCCAGGAUAUGGACAAAAGAAGCUACUUGAUGGAUCUGCUUCAUGCCCAAAGAGAGAAUGGAAUGCAUGGGAAGCAAGCAUUGACCUUAGUUUUUGUGGAGACGAAGAGAGGAGCUGAUGCAUUAGAGAACUGGUUGUCAAAGAAUGGUUUUCCUGCAACGGCGAUUCAUGGUGACAAAGUGCAAAUGGAACGAGAACAAGCGUUGAGAUCCUUCAAGAGUGGUAAUACCCCAAUUAUGGUAGCAACAGAUGUUGCUGCACGAGGCCUAGACAUUCCAAAUGUUGCUCAUGUCAUCAAUUUCGACUUGCCUAAAGACAUAGAUGAUUAUGUUCAUCGAAUAGGGAGAACUGGUCGUGCUGGUAAGUUGGGCCUAGCGACAGCAUUCUUUAAUGAAGGAAACAGAACUUUGGCGAAGGCAUUGGCAGAACUCAUGAAAGAAGCAAACCAGGAGGUUCCUCCUUGGCUCGCUAGAUAUGCUGAGAGAUCAUUUUAUGGUAGCGGUGGAAGGGGCCGCAAAUAUGGUAGUGCCAGAUUUGGAGGCCAUGACUAUCGUGGAGAUUCCUCUGCAAGGGGUGGUAAGUACCACUCAAGUUCGUAUGGGGUUGGCAGUGAUUUAGCUACUGGUGGCUCGCACACUGCCUCGCUCCAUGGAUACGGUUUUGAACAUGGGCCUAUUGUUGCAAGUGGCUGGGAUUAACCCUAGCAAUAUACCUAUGCUAUCCUUGUGACUUUGCUUUACUGAAGCUUUUAAAAACACUAUCGUAGGAUACAGUACAUACAUAAUCUAGUACAAGUACAUACUAGUAGUCACAAAAAGCUAACAACAGGAUGGAAGUAAACAUGGAAAUUUGGAACCCUCACAGGCUGCACUUCAGUAUUGGUUUCUCCUUGUAGUACUUUAGUUCUUUUUCUUCCUUGCAUACAUAACUGGGUUGAGUAGGUUUUUGGUUUGGGGGGGGCGGGGUUGGGUCACUCUGUUGCUUACUCUGCCCAUGUUUUGGCUGUCUGGCUGGCAUUUUUUGUCCAUAGUUGUUAUGCUAGUAACUGUAGUUCCCACCUUGUUGAUUCUCCCUGUAGGGUUUUGAUGCA